AUGUCUGAAGUCCUAGCAAUUCAAAUUGAAAGUUCAAGAAAAAGAAAGAAGCCCAACCUUUGUACUGGCAGCAAAAAAGCACGAAAAAUUGCCCCGAAGCUGAAUGAUGAUAAUUUAAUUGAAACUUUAAAUUCACUUACUUCCCCAAAUAGAACAAAAUAUUUUUAAUUUUCUAUUUUUUGGGAUAAUUUAAUCCCAGAAUUGGCACAAAAUUUUAUUUCUUAUAGAUGAAAAUAAUAAUUCUAUUUACCCAAUUCAUCUUUUUCGGGUUACCUAUUUAAACAAAAUUGGCACUUUAAAUUGGUAGAUUUUAUGUUUUUUAUUUUUAUAACGAUUAAAAAUUAAUUUUUUACUAUAUAAAAUUUGCUUCCAAAAUAAAAUUAAAUCUACUGUUAUAUUGGACUAGAUAUAUUGUUCCAAUUUAAGGAGAGUUAUGCAAAAAUCUGAGCUAGCAGACCAAGCUCCAAAAAUACCCAAGCCAAUUUCUACUCAAAUACCAGCGCUGUCUGAAGGGACUGCGAAUUUGUUGAAAAGCUUACAGAUAACGAGUCAUAAGCCAGCAGUCAGGCCAACUGAAGAGAUUUUAAACUCUAAGCCUAUGAAAGAACUUUAUGGGCAUUUAUUAGAGCCACAGCUGCCGCUGCAUUAUAAAAAAGUGUUGACUAUGUUUGAAAGAACUGAUUAUACAAUGAAUUAUGCAAAGCAUAGAAAAGCAGUAACUUCAUUUGAAAACAUAAAGAAAGGGAUUGAAGAAGUCUAUCACUCUAAUUAUGAUAUUGAAAUUUUGCAAAAAAUAUUAUUCAUUGAUAGUAGCCUUUAUAAAGUUUUUUGGGCUAAGGAUUUGGCGAAGGAGUAUAAGCUGUUUUUAGAGUUUCCGGCAGAGCUGGAGAAAGAAAAAGGGCAGAUUACUAAUGAAAAAUUAGAGGAAAGGAAAAAGAUUGUUAGUUAAGAUUAUAGAAAAGCAAUUGUGAUACUUUGAUUGUAUAUUUAUCUUCACCUUGCUUCGCAUAACCAUCGGCCUAUAGGCUAUGCUCCUCCAGAAAUUGGCUCCCAGACUAUAGUGGAUGGGUCACCGUGCUGUGCGCCUUACUUGGGUUACCAUUCUAGAAAAUUUGAAAGAUCCAAUUUCCUGGCCGAGGUGUCGCCCAAGAUGGAAUUCGUUGCGCAUAGCGCAACUCCAAGUAUAAAGCUAGUAAAUUGCUAGAUUGGUCCUAAGGACUUUCUGCCCUUUUCCAACCCUAAUCAUCCAUGCUCCCGAGAGUAAAAUCCUUGAUCUGAAUGGGCUGCGGUCGACGGUGCGCUCCGCCAAACAAUUAAAACCUGACCGAUACACACCACUGAGCGCCAUCCUUCCUUCCACAAGGUCCCUGGACUUACCCCAGCUGCAGAUUUUAAGAGGGAGAGAGUUGGUUCGCAACGACAUUUUAAUGUAUGGAAAAGAUUGUUUAGAAAAAACUUCUGGAUUUGGUGAAAAGCUACCAUUUGGACUUUCUGCAGUCUGCAAAUGAAGUGUGGGAGUCUGAGAGCUCUUGGCAUCCAAAUUUUGAUAUUUCCAAGGUCUCUGAUGUCCCACUGUUUAAAUUGCCUGAAAAGCCAAUAGAUAAUUCAGAAUCCUCAAUAUCAGAUUUUCUUAAAAAACAGUUCGAAAUUAAUGAAAAAAACCGAAAAAUUGACACUGGCCCAGAAAUUGUCGACGCAAACGACGUGAUCCCUGGCCUAACUCCUGAGCUGACCGCAAAAAUCAGAAUGAAAGAAAAGCUGCUUAAAGAAAGGCUCAAAAACCUGCAGCCAACACAGAACAUUUCCCUUCAUGCCAAGGUGGAAAGGAUGACUACUCUCUGUGAGAUGCUAAAAGCCAUUUAUCUCAGCCAAAAAACUCCAAGCAUAUUUUACAGCUGCCUGGUAAAGAAAAUCAAAGGCACAGGCAAAAUCUCGACAGAUUCAAUGAUUAUAGAAAAAGACCUAAACGACGCAAUCGAGCUUUUCCCUUCUUGACUUAAGCUGAUAGACACCAGUGUUGGGAAGGUAGUCCGAAUGAACCGUCAAUUAGAAAUGCCACUGACAACAAUUAAAAAAGAAGUGAAUGCUAAAUUUAACUAA